GAAGUAAUUCUUGAGGAGGAAGGUAGAAAAUUGACUUUUGAUGUCUGGCCUCAUUUCAUUAAGGUUAAUUUGAAUCGAGUUAUUAAAGCUAGGGGUAAGUAUUGUCAAAAAGCACUAGGUGGUGAUACUAGUAAUGAAGCCUCCCACCUAAGGAGCCAUUACAAGACAUGUAUCCAAAGAAAGAUCCAUGAUGGUCGACAAAGAGUUCUUGGUCCUAAUUACAAACCAACCAGAAACCCCUUUCUAUCUGCUACUCAGUUUAAUUCUGAUGUGUCUAGGAAAGAGUUGUGUUCUAUGAUUAUGGUCCAUGAGUAUCCUCAUUUCACUUGA